AUGAAGGGGGACCUGCAGGUUGUGAGAAGGUGGCAGCUCCGCGGCAUGGUUGAGAAUUCCUAUCCUGGCGGCGGAACAUUUCUGGAAGGGUUUUCCUGGACCCUGAGUCGUUAUGGCAUGAUAUCCAGAAACAGGGUGCCGUGGAAUCAUUACUAUACAACAGUUCAUGAGUGGACAGAGUAUUGCCGCGACACUCUCAUAUGCGGAGAGGGGCCUAUCGAAAGGAAUGAGAUUGUUGACACUUAUAUCCUUGACGCAGUCAAGACCUUUAAUUUCCAGAGAAAACUCUUCUACACAACGAAUGGUCUAGUAGGGCCAGGUCCCAAGGGGAUGAGAAAUGGAGACAUCAUCGCUGUCUUCCUGGGCUUCGAUGCCCCUGUGAUACUACGUAAUGCCGGAGAUGGAAAGUAUCGCUUUAUUGGCGAGUCCAUGGUGUAUGGAUUACAUGAUGCAACAGCUCUCCUCGGACCACUCCCAGUAGGCUGGUCUGUGCAAGUACUACUCGACCAAAAUGGACACCAGAACGCGUAUCGAUACUACAACUUCAAUACCAAGCGCACAACAGAUGAUGAUCCACGCCUGGGUCAACUGCCACCACAAUGGGAGCGGGUCGGCAACGAUCGAACGCCCGACGACCCGUAUUAUUCCGAGAGAUUCAGAAAUAUUACCACUGGUGACCUGGUUAAUUUUGAUCCAAGGAUGUCGGAGGAAGCACUACAACAGAGCGGUCUCAAUCUCACAACAUUUGCUUUGUUGUAG